ACUAUGCUCAAAGAUAACGAUUUUGUUUGUACUUUCAAACAGUCGACACUUUUUUAAAGGGGUCAUAAACAAAAGAUGUUUGGUGUUUAUAUAACUAUGUUAUCCUUCAGCGUCAUUACUGGAGUAAGUUUAGCGCUGCCAGUCGAAUAUUUCCCAACUAUUUGCAUUCCGAAACAAUUCCGAGAUAAAUGUUCAACGGAUCCAAACAGAACUGUUUGCUACGACGGAAAAGAAUACAAUGAUUGGUGCGCUUUUCUAAAGGCCGGUUGUGACGGAUUACUCCGCCCAAAUGUUACACGUUUUACACUUACCCGUCAAUUCUUCAUGUGACGUUGCUAUCCUUAUACUGGAACAUGCCACAAAGGUGACCACCCCUACGUACACAGUCUUUGAGGAUCACUUCUAUAAUGCAGCUAUUCAUGGAAUAGACGAUCUUUUACUGAAAGCAAAUGCAUCAGGAGCAACUUUAGAUGAGCAAAAGAAGAUUUUCUCUGUACAAGAUCACAAUCAUAAGCACUACGUUCGUAGUAGCAAAUGUUGGGCUCACACCCUUGACCUCACGGCAAUAUCACCAUGGAACAGCUUGGGUCAUACACGAAAAGCCGGAACAUUGAUAAGCCCUCGUCACGCCCUUUGGGCAAGACAUUACAGUAUAAAUGUAAACACAACUCUACGUUUUGUUGACAAGAACAAUAAUGUUGUUGACAGACGGAUUGUUAAAACAAACUCGGUUCCAACACACGGCCAUGCAUUUUUACGUGGAUACGACAUUGUUAUUGGCGAACUAGACCAAGACGUUCCUGCAAGUAUCUCUUUUGCAAAGGUAUUGCCACGAAAUCUUACAACCAUCCGCCCAGGACGAGUAUAUAUACCAGUAUUUGAUACUGAUUUUGAAGAAAAGGCGCUUGUAGCAGAUUUUUCAUAUGAAAGCAGUAACAUGGUUUCUCUACGUACACCGUUGCAUUCCUCUAUUCGUUAUCAAUAUUUCGAAACGAAAAUUGUAGGUGAUAGUGGUAAUCCAGUGUUUCUUGUUCUAGAUGGAGAAAUAGUUCUUUUAUUUGUAUUAACCUAUGGAGGAAGCGGCUCUGGAACAUCUAUCACGCACCACUAUGACGCAAUAAAUAACAUCAUGAAACAGUCAGGAACAGGUUAUCAGAUGACGGAAGUAGAUCUGACUAAAUAUCUUGCAACUGGCAGCCAAAUUCCGAGCAUAAUAGGAUAGAUAAUAAUACAUUAGCGCCUUGGUUUUAGCUUUAUUACUUCAAAUACUGCCAAUAAUAAUAAAGUCUUUAUGCA